AACACAGUCUCGAUAACAGAGACGAGAGACCUAAGGUCGUCACUUACAUGAGGAAACUAUGCGUCACAAUCACUUGUCACUCACCUUGUGAGAAACCAGGAAGUGCCUCGAGGUGCAGACUUGAAAAUGCCAUCGGCGAUUCUUACAUUGCGCGACCACAGGGAUGAUGUAAAUGGAUGUGCCUUAUCAGCAACUUUGUUGGCGACCUGCUCCGGAGACAAGACUAUCCGGGUGUACUCCCUCGGUGACUUCGCUGAGUUGCCUUUCUCCCCACUUUCGGGCCACGGAUAUGGGGUACACUGGUGUUGCUUUAGCAGCUGCGGAAACUACCUUGCAUCUUGCUCCACGGAUGCCACUGUUGUCAUUUGGAGCAUGGACACGGGCGAAAUUAUAUUUAAAUAUGAGCACCCCGGUCGAAGCCCAGUGAGAGUCUGUGCGCUCCCCGACUCCUCUUUAGUGCUGUCCUGUGCAUCUGACGGGACAGUUGCCCUGUGGGAUUUUCAGUCACCGAGUCUGCGAAGGACAGGUGAGGUCACUGAGGCCACUGUGCUGGCCUGCUCCUUCACUCCUUGUGGCCAGAUGUUUGUGACCGGAUGCACCGGUGGAGACCUGAAGAUCUGGGACUUGGACCUGGUCCAGCUUCAUGCCCAGAAGGUCGCACACGACCUGGGAGUCAGCUGCUGCCAGUAUGACCCCAUCGCUCACGUUGACGGAGAGACGGUCAAGUUUCGAUUGGUGUCCUGUGGGCAGGAUAGCCUGCUGAAGAUAUGGAUAAUUUCCCAGCAUGCUGUCGCAGGCUGUCGUAUGCAGCUGCUGCACUCUCUGAAAGCCCAAUCUGGACCUGUGCUGUCCUGUGCCUUUUCCAGUGAUGGACAGCUGGUUGCAUCCGGAUCUGUGGAUAAAACGCUGGCCGUGUACGAUGCCAUUCAGGGAGUGCUGCUUCACACGUUGAACCAGCACGAAAGGUACGUGACCUCCUGUGCCUUCUCGCCUUCGCUCCCCUACCUCGCCUCGGGCUCCAUGGACAAGACGGUAAUCGUGUGGCGGCUGGGGGACGGCGACGAGAGCGGACGGCACGACGCUGAAGCCGCAGCUGCUGUUUGUCCAGGAAGGAAGCGUGCGGCCAUGGGUCACUCCGGGCUGCUGGUGAGAGACUGGACUGAGGAGCACGUGGGUGCCUGGCUGGCCGAGGAGGGAAUGGACGAGCUGGUCAGCGCCUUCAAGAGCCACAACAUCGACGGCCCCAAGCUCCUGAGCCUCACCAAAGACACCCUGGCCAAAGAGCUGCAUAUCGGUUCGCUGGGGCUCCGUGGGAAGGUUCUGCGUAAGAUUGAGGAGCUGAGGCCGUCGCUGGAUGGUUCGGCGGCUCCAGACGAGUUCCUGUGUCCCAUUACCCAAGAGGUCCUUAAGGACCCUGUCAUCGCCGCAGAUGGCUUCUCCUACGAGCGUGAGGCUAUCGAGAGAUGGAUCGGCACCAAGAAUCGCACCAGCCCCAUGACCAACCUGCCCCUGCCCACCACCAUGCUUACGCCAAACCGGAUGCUGAAGAUGGCCAUUAACCGCUGGAGGGCCUCCCAGUGAUGGAGAAAGAAUCCUUCUGAUGAUCCUGAACCUGAUGAAGCAGUAAUCCACUAGUUCAAGUGACGGAAGAAAAACAACAUGACUGCUCUUGACUGACGCAAUUGCAAAAUAUGCUGUUGUGCAAUGAUCGUCAUUUCCAGAUGAGGUUGUUUUUGGCUCUAUUCUAUUCAUUUUAAACUGAACAGAAUGUGUCAUCAAGAAGAUGCAUGGUACUUGCAGUAAAACCCUGUUGCUUGGUCACAUGGGGUGAGGAAACAGCAUUACAAUGAUGAUAACCCACUGGGUUGGAGAAUGAAAUAACUAUAAUUAUAUAAUCAUAAAAUGCUUUUAAGGCCCAUUUCCCAGACACACGUAGAUCUAAAAUGUACAGUUAUGCACUUUUUAAAGAUGUAUUUUGAAUGUGAACCAAUCAAAUGAACAAGCUGUAGUUUUACCACUAACUACGUACAACUGACAUCAUCUGACCCUACACCCGCCAUGUACCUCAAUUGGCUUUGCAUCAUUGUAGCUGGGGCUGUAAAUGAAUAAACGGCAAUAAAUAAAGAUUAGAUUUUAAA